CACGACUCUAAGCUCAAUCGCUAAGCGCCAGUUGCAACAGUUGCAUUUCUCACUUGCAUAUAAUUCGCAAAAAUGGCGAAUGAAGAUUCAGUGACGGCGGCUAAAUCAAAGUCUGUUUUUGACUAUCUCAACGAUUGGGGCACUGCAUCUCUCCCUCCAUCUCUCCUAGCAACCCUCAUUACCGCUCUUCACGCUCGGCCCCCAUCCCUGCCCCUCUUCAUCUUCACACCUCCGCUGCUCUUCUCGUCCUACCUCAACCUGUCCGGCUAUCCCACCGGCAGCGCUGGUCUAACCGCUGCCUGGUCCGGUCUCUACGUGCUGCUGGCUCUGCGACGACGCCAGCCUUUCCGUGGACGCUUCUCGGUCCGAGGGGUCGUGCGUGGCACGGCGAUUGGGUUGGGGGCCGCGAACUGCGUUGCUGGCGGUUGGGUCUAUGCCAAUGGUGAUUUUGAGAAGGAUGAGAAGGCCAGAGUGGACAGAAACCGAUGGGGCAACUAAAGGAUUUGAGUUUGUGUUGGCUGUAUGAUAGGUGUUGUACGAUAUGUUUGUUGUAUGUCAGCGCGGAUUGAGAUUAUAGGAGCCGUUGGUCCGGCAGUUGGGUGUGUUGGUUAUGACUGAAGAUGCAUAUGCGUCACGAAAAUGAACAUCUGUCUAUCAAUUGCACAUGGCCAGGAUAACAAACUAGCGCCAACAAACCACACAAUACUGUAACCCUUCGUCGUGACUCACAAGUCAUCUCUCAUACAUCUGAGACAAAGCAAAUUUCUACGUAAGUAUCCUCUCAUGGUAGAAACUACUGGUCAUGAAGUUGCGAUCCUUCAAGCCAGGGUCAGAUCAUAAAGCGUACACGAAUGUCGACAGGCAUUAGGAACGAGUGGGAACGAGCUUACCACCAACAAUUGGUCGCAAUACGAGACGGCGAGGCAGAUUUACAAAAAACCGAAGCGACCCUGACAUACAUGAUAAGCAGAAUGUUCCUUUUAUAAGCUUGAGUGGUAAUUGAUUCUAUUCCCAUGUUGCAGCUGUGGCUGACAUGCUGCAGUGACAUCCAGAUAUAGCAUCACCAGCCUCAAUCCUACCCAAUGUGUUAGUCAUGCUGUCCAGAGGAUCAGAUGAGUCAGAACGAUAUAUAUUGAAGGGUUGCGAAGCUUUGCUAUCGUCUAUAGGACUCGAGAAGAUAAUUUAGGCUUCCUGUCGUCACGACGAGUGGUACCUCAAUUUUUGCCCAAGGCAUAAACUCAAGCUUAUAGCCCUGCUCACGGAGGCAUUGUCAGCAUCACACGUACUGGAACUCAUAAUGAUAGCACUUUUUUCUUCUGCUAUUUUACCCAACGCCCUGCUAUCCAGGUAUCAUCAGUAUUUAUCUAUUAAUACAGUUCAAACCCCGUAUCUUCAAUGCGCCU